UACACCGCCAUCUUUCGCAAGCUGUAUCAACUUCGCCCGCUUUUAGUGCAGUAAUUUUAUGAUUGUGAUGUGUCGAGGUCUCGAGGGCUAGCAAGAUUGAAAAACCUACUAGUGCUUGUACCUUUUAUUGAAAUCGAAAAACUAGAAUAACCUAAAGCAUGAACUAGAAGCCGCCACCAUGUCGGAGUCUGACGUGAAGCAAGUGAAAGUUGACAACUGGGGAAUUUAUUUCCUACAAAGAUUGAAACACUUUUUUAACCGUACGGACUACUGCGACCUCACGCUGCAAUUUCAAGACAAUGCCCAACUAAAGGUACACAGACUUGUUUUGAGUGCGUGCACUGAGUACUUUGAGCUCCUGGAACGGACAUGCGAAAUGUACGAGGAUUGCCUAGUGAUGCCCGACGAUCUGCAAGCAGAUGUCGUGGUUCCUAUUGUGAAUUUUAUGUACACUGGUCAAUUAGAGUUCAGACUAGACUUACUAGAAAGACUCCACCAAACGUCACAAAUUAUGAAUAUGCCUGUAUUGACCAAGCUUCUUGAUGCUCAUCGGAAUCAAAUUCCACCACCAAAGUCCAUACUGAAUUUCAGUACUACAUCUGUCAAACGUUCUUAUUCCAAAACCACUGCCAGGGUAAAGUCAACUACUGCGUCAUCAAGCGGCAAUUCAAAUAAACGCCCUUUCCAUAAAGCAUUUGGUACUAGUACAAUCACAACUGUCAAAAAGCCUACGCUCCCAAAACCAGACGUAGCUACUAAUAAUGGAUUAACAAGUCAUCCAGCACAUUCUUCACCUACAACUACUACGCUUCCUAGUGCAGCCCCUAAAGUGAUUCUAGGGGAACCUAGACCAACCAGAUACGAAUUACCAGAAGAACUAGACUCGGACAAUCUCUUUGAUAAUUCUUUCACUAGUUUAUCAUAUACAUCCCAACCUUUAAUGGUACAUCCAGAGACUACAAAACGCUAUGUUAAAAAGAUUAGUCUAUUUAAUGAAGCAAGUAGUUCGAAAAUAAGAGGAGGAUCUACACUGGAUAUUGUUGAAUGCAAGAAAAUACGAAGAAAUGAUAAUCUAUUUGAAGAUGAUAGUUCUGAAGCAAUGCAAGAUAUGGAUGAAGCCAUAUUUCAGUUGAACACUAAAAACCAGAUUCCUAAGGUGACAAAUCAGCUAUUUGAUCAAAUUAUCGAGCAACAAGACAAUCCAAAAAUUACUAUAGAAACUAAAGACAGUAAACAGACUAGCAAUAUUGACCAUGCAAAAAUAAUAAGCGAAGUUCUCAAAAAAUAUCCACAUUUAGUGAAAAGUAACAAAAACAUUAAACUGAAAAUACUGAAUAGUCCUGCUAAUAAGACCCAAAUAAAAACCAACAAAAAGCAACGAAAUUCACCAAUUCACCAUUACAAAGGAAGAGACAUUAAAAUAGAAACUGCUGAGCCAGCAGAUUAUACCUAUGAAACAGAUGUUUUGGACUCAAAGGAGGCAGCAAGGCUAAUUGCUUUAGGUGCAGAAAAUGUAAAAGGACCUUGGAUUUGCCUAAUUUGUGGCACACCUGGAAAAGCUUUACAUUUUACUACAUAUUACAAAUUCCGGCGUCAUUUAGUUGACGUGCAUAAUGAGAAGCCAGUACCAACUAUUUGUGAACAUUGUGGGCUCAAAUCUGCAAAGAGGAAUUAUUUGCUACAUCAUCUUCUCACUAAGCAUGGAGUAGAACCACCACCUUCAUACAAGUUUCCUAAGUGUAAUCUAUGCAACUAUAUUGCCCUUACAGAAGGUUACCUUGUAAAACACAAAUUAACUCAUUCAGAUGUGAGGAAUUUCCGUUGUAAUGUAUGUUUAGCUACUUUCAACACCUCUAACAAUCUCCUAGCUCAUAUACAGAAAACUGGCCAUAAAUAUACUGCAGAUAGAAGAACGGACUUGCAAUGCAUAUAUUGUCUCAAAAUGUUCAUGCGUGAAGCUAAUCUUUAUGCUCACCUUAAAACAAAUCAUAAGUCAGCAGCCAGAGCUGAUGGAAUAAUUGAUGAUUCUGAUGAUGAAAAGCAAGAGCAAGAGAUAGAAAUCAAACCAACAAUAAAAUUUGAACCUCCCUCUUUUGAUGACUCUGAAAGUGUAGAUGCUCAGUACCAAAUAAGACCUGACGGAAAUAUUCAGCUUAUAUCAAAGAAACAGCAUACUAUGCAUAUCAAUCCUCCAACUAAACAGAAAAUUCUCAACUCUGGUUAUACUCCAAAAACAACACAUAAAGCAAAAUCUAAAAUAAUGUCCAAUAUCAGUGAAGAUUUUCUUGAAUCUGCUAUUUCUGUAGAUAAUAGUCAAGCAGAAGAAAUUAUAAUGAUAGAUAACAAUGAAUAUGUCAUGAAAGAUAAUAAGCUAGUUCGUAGAAAAACAAGUGACCAAUAUGUUAUAAGUGAUAUGAUGUCUUCUGAAGAAGACCAAAAUCUGGCUUCAAACACUUCAAUGGGAUUCAGUAAUCUUCACGAAUCAGAGACUGAAGAGAAUAAUAUACAAGAACAAAGUGUGGUGAUUAAAAAAGCUAAUAUAAACCAACCUAUUCAAAUAGUAGUGUCAAGUGAAGAAGAGUAUAAAGCAUUAAUGAAUUCAAAUCAUUCUAUUAUAUUCGAUGACGGCGAUGCAAAUAAGACUUUGACAGUACUAAGCACACCUCAACAUGCUGCAAUAAAUACUGGAUCUAUAGAUUUGGAUAAUGCACAACAAAAUGAUAUGAUGAUUAUCCCUGAUACUUAUCCUUUAAAUGUGUCUGAAGCAUUACCCACAGAUAAUUCCAACAUAGUUGUUGUAUACAGUCACCCUGUGGACGAUCAGAAUAAGCAGUUCCAAAUAAUAACUUCACAAGAUAUAGGAGCACAAUUUGUUCGAACUUCUGCCGUAAUAACGCCAAAUUAUGACGGUAUUAGUACAUCCACUCCAGUAAUGAGUGCUCACGUCAUUAGUGCCCCAGUAACAGAGGCGUGGCAAAACAAUAUCCAACAAAAUCAACAGAUACACAUGACUACUACAAGUGACUUACAAGAAAUGACAAUAAUAGAAGAUGCUGAAAUGGCUCCAGCUGAAAUUACAGCAAUAAAUGAACUUCCUGAAGUCACAUUGACACCUAAUGUGCCUCAAGAAACCACUCUAGAAGAAAACAUAAUUCAAGAUUCCAGUGUCAGUAAUGAAAACAUAGAUACACCCGCAGUCCAACAAGUUGUUGAAGAGGAGGAAAAUAUUUCCACAACUCCAAUUGAAGUUGAAAUGUCUUCUGAGAGUGUUCCGAAUGACUCAGCAGUGGCAGACAAAAGCCUAGUACACUCUAAUAAUUCUCUAACAGACAAGAACCCAAUUGUAGUAACUGCAGCAGCAAAUGAAGAACAACUGAUUCAAGAAGCUAACAUUAUAGAUCAAGGGGUUGAAGUAAUUGAAGAACAUUCUGAGGAAAUAAAUGAAGAAAGUCUUAACUUGGAUGAUACUGUAAUAGCGGAAAUCAAAGAUACGGACAAUACAGAUAAGGUAUUUGACACAAAUGAACAAACUGGUCAUAUUCAGAGUGUUCCCAUUCACAAUGAAGAAGUCACUAUACCAAGUGUGGCCAAAGAACAGAUCCAGCAUUUAACAUCAGAAUGGUCUGAAGACGAAGAUGACACAGAGCAAGAAGCUCAAAUAACUGAAGAUCCUGUCAAAGUUAGUGAAGUAAGUAAAGAAACAGCAGUUGAAUCACCUGUAGAAAUUGAAGAAUCAAUAGAAAACAUUCAGCAGGAAAUGGAAAAGCAAAUGACUGAAGCUGCCGUAGCCGAAAUUGAUUCAGAGGAAGGUGUGAACUCUCAAAAUGAAGAAGACAUUACUAGCUUGCAUGAGCAAGUUACUUCAGUAGGAGCAAAUACACAUCCAGUUCAAGAGAAAAUAUCAUCUCUAAUUAAUGAUUGGGAGGAAAGUGUUUCUGAAGGGAAUGAUUCUGCAAAUUGUGGUGAAGAGGAAGAUUCAACUCCUGUGGAGAUAACUGAAGUGAAUGAUCCUGUGCCAAGUGUUGACCGCGCAAAUAGCUCUGGACCGCCUAAAGAAGACAAAAUAAAAAAUUUAGUUAGUGACUGGGAUGAUGAGGAUGAAGGCCAGUCAGAAGAGGAGCCAAAAGAUCAAAGCUAAUAGAUGAUUUUAUAAAGUAUACUCGGCUAUUAUCAGUGUGUCAGUGUCCUCCAGUAUAAGAAUUUAGUAAAUACUUAGAAUUUGUACUUAAAUUGUACAUCAAUUUUGCUUUGUUCGUGUUUUAUGUAUGUACCUAGUUAUAUAUAUAUAUCUAGAAAACUAUCUCUUAGUUUUCUUAUAUAAUAUUUGCUAACUAGUCCUGUGUGGUAAAUUAAAACUAAUGAAUUAUGUAGGAUAUGAACUUUAUUCUAGAUUUCCUUAGUUGGAAUAUUAUUGCUUAAAAUUUUAGCUUAUUCAGUAAGUCUAAUAUACUUUUUGUUGUAAAAUUGCAGUUUUAUAUUACAAAGUGUUAAUAUCACUGCAUAAAUAAAUUUUAUCAAUGGACCAAGAUUUUAAAUGCAUUAAAUUGUGUAAAAAUAAAAUUCCCAAAAUUUUAUUACAUUUAUAGUCAUCAGCUGUAUUUAUAAUUUAGCACAAUCCAGUAUAGAUUUCAUCGUAAUUUACAAGUAGAAAAUUUGUUAAUCACAU